AACCGCCUCUUCCUCUCUCUGGUUCCCGCUGGACUUUAGACCUCUUCCCUCUCUGCAGCAGCUGCAACACCCGCUUCAAUCAAACAGGACUGCUUAUUGAUUUCAUUAACUCAACAUGUCUUUCACUCCAAAGAGGCCGUGUCCCGACUCCAUGGACGACUCCAUGGAGAAGAGGAUACGCAGGAUAUCAAUCGAGGGAAACAUUGCUGCGGGCAAGUCGACCUUUGUGCGCAUUUUGGAGCAGGAGAGCGCGGACUGGGAGGUAGUACCAGAGCCCAUCGCCAGGUGGUGCAAUGUCCAAACAAAAGGCAGUGACUUUGAGGAGCUGACCGCAUCCCAGCGGAGUGGAGGGAACGUAUUGCAGAUGAUGUACGAGAAGCCGGAGAGGUGGGCCUACACGUUCCAGAGCUACGCCUGCAUCAGCCGGGUUCGUGCUCAGAUCAGGUCGGCCAAUGGGAAGCUCCGAGAGGCUGAGAAUCCUGUGCAGUUCUUUGAGCGGUCCAUCUACAGUGACAGGUACAUCUUUGCAGCCAACCUCUAUGAGAGUGAGUGCAUAAAUGACACAGAAUGGUCGAUCUACGAGGACUGGCACAGCUGGCUGCACAGCCAGUUUGGGAAGCACAUCGAGCUGGACGGCAUCAUCUACCUCAGAGCGUCACCGGAGAAAUGUUUAGAGCGGUUGCAACUGAGAGGCAGAGACGAAGAGCAAGACAUCCCUCUGGAGUAUCUGGAGAAACUUCACUUUAAGCACGAGAGCUGGCUGCAGCACAAGACCAUGAAAAUGGAGUUUGAGUAUCUCAGGGAUGUGCCAGUCUUGACCAUAGACGUAAAUGAAAACUUUAAGGGAGAUGAAAUCAAGAGCGGCGACAUGAUUGAGAAGGUGAAAGAGUUCCUGAGCACGCUGUAAAUGGAAUGGAAAACAUGAACGGGUUCACAUAGGAGGAGAAGCUGGAUGGAGUGAUUAUUUUAUAACUAUGAAAUGUCUCAUUGAUGGCUAUUAUUUACAAUGUGUACAUGUACAAACAUAAAUAAUCUGAUUUGCAGAAUAUUUUUUUAGAAAUAACUUUUUGUGUAUUUAUAAAAUUUGUGUACAAAUGAGAAUGUAUGUCUGUUUGGUCCUCACAAAUGACAAUAAACUUGAAAUGCU